ACUGCAUCCUCCACUGAGCCGGAAUCAGCGGAGAAAUAUCCUUCUUCUGUCGAAAGUGAGGGUCUUUGUUCAGAAACUGGUGAUAUGGUGCACGAAUCACCGUCUCAUUUACUCCACAUGAGACGUCGACAAAGGCAAGACGAUGAACGCCUUCUCUUAGCUGAUAAGGAUACUCCCAAGUUCGAACGAACAGUCGUCGCCCAACCACCUCAAUUACCUUCUGCUGCCAAGGCCGUCACCUGGACACAGCCGGAAAUGGGAUCACAAGAGAAAUCCAGCCCUAUCCAUGGAUAUGGGGAUAGGCAGGUUGUUAGGCCUAUCUAUGCACCCGAUCGCGAUGACCAGUCCAAACAAAAAUCGUCCGAAGUCUUCGUGAUUGAUCUCAACACGAUAGAUAGGAUAGGUGAUCUUGACGCCGCUUCUGAAGGACGGCCGCUGUCUGACGCUGACAUCCAUUUGUCUACAAGAAAAGCGCGCAUCCUGGAGCGGUGUAAGCGACGUGAGGAACAACGACGCCAACAUCGGCGGGCCGUUACUGCUGGGGCCGCUGGCACUGCAAGAGGCGAAGAAAAUGGAAAGGUGACAGCUAAACAGCGCCGGCAGAAAAGGGCUGACAUAUCGCAAGCACACAUCAACAAGAAGGCCGGUUCUGCAGCAGACGUUUGCAGUCCAACACCAUCUACAGCCCGAAGAGUUUCCCCGGCCUCCUCCACUCCUUCGCACCAAGCGAGUGCGAAAGAACAGCCAUUGCCGAGUACGGGCCCUGUAUCAAGCUCUCGACGCCCAGCCUCUUGCAACCAUACUCCCCUCAGUGACCCUCCACGUCUCUAUGUUCAACCACAAACUAAGUCAAACCGGCGGGUGAUCACUAAUGCUCUAAUUCACUGCUGCUUGGCCGGUCGAGUAAAUGAGCAACUGAAAGUGAACAUCCUUCAGGUGAUCCAUCCCUUGCCUAGAGUACCUUAUUGUGAACCUGAGACAGACCUUGGACGGACUGACGGACAGCACUUUAUAAUCCUCUUGAGGGGUGGUUGCCAGUUCUCCGGUCUGUUUCGCCUCGAGCCUGGAAGUGAAGAAAUGGUGCGAGUUGGUGGAACUGGCCCACACCGAAUAACCAGCAGUAUGAUUGAACGAUUUUACAAGUGCGUACUCAUGAAAUGCACGUUUCAACUAACGUUUACUUAUACUAUUUUGAUUUUAGUUUAUAUUCUGCUGCAUUUACUUUGUUAG